AUGGAAGUGCUGUCCACCAUGGCGAGGGUCCUCGAGAAGAUCUCGGACAAGGUGACAACGAAGCAGCGACACCGCCUCAACCACGUCCAACCGAUCGCGUACAGCGGCGCGAUCAAGGAGGACAUCAUGCUCCACUACCAGCAACUGGAACUACGCUGGUCGGCCGAGAACAUCGACUCGUCCGACCCGGACAAUUUCAAGAUGUGUCUGGCCCAGCUCAUCUCCACGUUCACCGGCCCGGCCGCAGCGUGGGCGCAUACCCAGUUUACGGAUGGGAAGAACCCGUUCAGCACGCUUCACGAGCUGCUGGCGGCAGCGCGCCUCGAGUUUGAGCCGGCCGACAUUCAAGAGCGACUCCGUGACGACUUGAACUCCCUCCGCCAAGGCAACUGUGCGGGUGGGUUGAACGAGUACGUCCAACGGUUCCGCGAGAUCAUGGCGCGGGUGAUCAACAUGUCGGAGAUGGACAAGAUCAUGUUUUUCAUCCGUGGCCUCAAGUCGCAAACGAAGAAGGAGCUAAUCUACCGCGAGAUCGGCUCGCUCUCCGCCGCCAUGUCGCUCUCGCACCGUUUUGAACGCGCAUAUUUUAGUGACGAGCGUCAUGAGCGCAACGACCGUCGCGAUCGUAGCCGCGAGCGUGGCGACCACCGUGGUCGUCAUGACCGCCGCGAUCGUCGUGAUCAAGACCGCCAAGGACAAGGCCAAGCUGCGCCGCGGCAGGGACGCCGCGAAGAGCGCCGUGGCCCGUCCCAAGCCAGCGGGAAGGUCAACUUCAACGACCAUGCCCACAAGAACAAGUUGUGCUUCAACUGCCACGGCUCCGGCCAUCGCGCAGACGAGUGCCCCGAGCCGAAGCGCAGCGACAACCAGCGCCCGAAGCAUCAUCGCGUGCGUACCAACCGCAUCGUGGUGACGGAAGGGUCUGAUGACAUGAGUGAAGUCCCGGUGUUGUCGAUCCGAGCGACGCCGAUCCACGUGCGUCAAGGACCAACACUCCCGACGUCCAACUCUUUCGACGUCCUCCAAGUCGACGAGAACGACGAAGGGGAGGAUGACGUCGAGCAAGUCGAGCGUUCCUGGUUGGACGAGCUCACCGUGCUCUCGUGCUGGGACAUGGAGGACGACGCCAGCGAUGUCGCAAAGACCGAUGGCUACGAGACGCUCUCGGAUGAUGACUCGGAAACGCAGUCCGACGUCGCUGAGCAAGAGCUCUUCGACGUUUUGUGGGCUUUUGAAGACCUACUCGACAUGGACCUGGUCGAGGUGCUCUGUGUCAACAUGCGGUUUGAUGAAGACGCGGCCUGGAAGGUAGUCGAGAACUUGCGAUUCCUCCAACAAGGCUCCGACUACUUGUUCUUCAAGCCGCUGCCCGAAGCUGAGCCGCCCAAGCCGUUGCCCGAACCCGAGGUCGAGCCGCUCGAGUCACUUGAUGCGGCCUCGACGAUGACCCAGGUGCGGGUCAACACACUUGCCAAGUCGCGUGACGUCGCCGAUCAAGAGCUCAUGAUCCUCAACGGCAAGAUCAACGGCCGUGACGCCCGCAUCUUUCUCGAUUGCGGUGCGACGAGCCAACUGAUCCGCGACACGCUUGGUGGUAUGAUUGUCGGGACGCUGCCCGUGUCUGUCGAAGGAUUCAACAGCAGCGUCAAGAAGCAGGUCAACAAGUACGCCGUCGACGUCGAGAUUUGCAACCACUCGUUCCCGCAGCUCGAGAUGAUUGCGUGGGACUUUGCCGACAAAGACUACGACUGCAUUUUGGGUCAACCGUGGUUCUUCAAGUACAACCCGACGAUCGACUGGCGCACUCGCACGAUUACGGCUCUCGACCCCGAGCCGCCGGGGCGUCGCUCGACGCGCACGCCGAAGAAGGGUGUCUCAUCGAGGUGUUGGCCGCCGAGCUCGUCGAUUCGCCGCCCCAAACGCUACCGCAAGCGAUCACCGACUUGCUCGAGGAGUUUUCCGACGUCUUCCCGAACGAGUUGCCGGACGGCCUGCCGCCGUCACGCUCGGUCAAUUUUUCGGUGACCAUGAAGCCAGGAGCCAAGCCCAAGUCCCAACUCUACGGGUUCCGCCUCUCGCCCAUGGAAGAGAAGCU